AUGGAGGAAAUUGAAGUGGAAUGGGAGCGAUUAAGACUGAAUGAUGAGGAGAGCAUUCCGAUAGCCGUGGAUUUGGGAAAUAUGGAGGAAUUACGGAAAAAUGGGGAGAGGAGCUUAGUUGGAAGAAUUUGCUCAGAUCGAACAAUCGGUAAGGAAACUGUGAGGAAGAUGAUGGAGAAGAUCUGUUGUAUAAUGCACUCUAAGAAGGGGUGUUUGGGUGGAGAGUUGGGGGAUACAAAUGAAGAUAUUGACUCAAAACAGUUUGGAGUUUGGAUGAGGGCCUCAACAGUUAGACAUAAUCGGGCAGAUAGGCAACCAAAAGCUUCGGGAAUGGGAAGGAAUUCCACUAAUACUGAUCAAGGGGAAAAUGGAGAGGUGGUGAUAGGUGGAGGUGUAUUGAGGAAGGAAAAGGGGAGCAUGGAAGGUGGUAUUGAGACAACAGAGGUGGUUGAGAUGACUCAAGGGUUUGAGAAGCAGAAGAUGAUCAAAGUAGAACAAACUUUGGUGCCAAACACAGAAGGAAGGGAGGUCUGGUUCUCUUUUGGAGAAGUAAUGGUGGAGAUUAUCAAUUUUUCUCAAUGGCAUAUUAAUGCCAUGGUUAAAAAUGAUAAUGGAAAAGAAUGGUUGUUUACUGGUUUUUAUGGGCAUCCGGAGGCUGCCAAGAGGAAGUUCACAUGGGAGCUAUUGUCUAGUUUAAAACCUUGUGAGGGAAGAGCUUGGUGUGUGGCAGGGGACUUUAAUGAGAUUUUAACACAAGUUGAAAAGAAAGGGGGACAGAUGAGACCUGAGGGUCACAUGGGGAUGUUUCGUGAUGCUUUACAAAUAAAUGAGCUCUUUGAUAUGGGUUAUGUGGGGGAUUGCUUUACAUGGAGUAAUGGUCAUGCUGAUCAUACUUUUACAAAAGAAAGAUUAGACAGAUAUGUAGCAAAUAAGGACUGGAGAGGAUGUUUUCAUUUAGUCAAGGUGGAAGGUCUAGUUGCAAGAAGUUCAGACCAUAAACAUUUAUUAAUGACUGCUAGUAAUGAAAAGUUUAGGGAGAGGAGAAGAAGAUUUUUGUUUAAAUUCGAGGCCAGCUGGUUAAAGGAGGAUGAAUGUGAGGGGGUUGUGAAAAAAGUCUGGGAAAAGAAGCAGUUAACACCUAAGCCAAUCAAACAUGUGCAGAAUCUGUUGUUAAAAUGUAGUGAUGAGUUAACAAAAGGAUUUAGAAAGAAAGACAGGGAUAGAGGAAGGAAUAUUGAGCAGUUAACAAAAAGGAUAAAGGAAUUGCAAGAUAUGGAGGGUCCCGAGAGGAAGAAAAGAAAUAGAGUGCUGUUUGUGAAGGAUGCUCAAUCAGUUUUGAGAACUGAGGAAAAUGAGAUAGCUGAAGCUUUUAAGAGGCAUUUUUCUGAAGUUUAUAGAUCUGAAUCUCCACCAAGGGAGGCCAUUGAGGAAUGCAUACGCCCCAUUGAUAAAAGAAUAACAAGUUAUAUGAAUGAGAAGUUAGAAAAAAGUUUUAGUAGGGAGGAAGUGGAGGUAGCUUUGAGAGACAUGGGCCCUCAUAAAUCUCCUGGCCCAGAUGGAUAUAGUGCUUGUUUUUACCAAAACUUAUGGGGGAUUGUGGGUGAAGGGAUCAGUAAAGCAGCUUUGAGUUUUCUAAAUGGCAAGUUUGAAAAGUCUCUGAAUUUCACAUACAUAGCAUUGAUUCCAAAGCUGUCUGAGCCUAUGGAGGUGGGGGAUUUCAGGCCAAUAAGCUCGUGCAAUGUCUUGUAUAAGCUCAUUGCAAAAACUUUGGCAAAUAGAUUGAAGAAAGUGUUAAAUGGUGUGAUCUCACAGAAUCAGAGUGCCUUCAUCCCUGAUAGAUUAAUCACGGAUAACAUAGUGGCAGCCUAUGAAGCACUUCAUUCUAUGAAAACCAGACUGAAGGGUAAGAUGGGGACAAUGGCUUUGAAGCUAAACAUCUCAGAAGCCUAUGACAGAGUAGAGUGGUGUUACCUUGAGGUAAUAAUGGUGAAAAUGGGCUUUGGAAGGAGGUGGAUUAAUUUGAUUAUGACAUGCAUUACCACUGUCUCCUAUGCUGUGUUGCUGAAUGGACAACCUGGAGAGGCUGAAGGGGCAGGGUUGAUUAGAGGAGUGGCAGUGGCAAGAGGUGGAGUAAAGCUUAGUCAUCUCCUCUUUGCUGAUGACUGCAUCAUCUUUGGAAGGGCUUGUUGGGAGGAAUGGGUGAAAAUAAGGGGCAUUUUGCAGAUUUAUGAAAGGGCCUCAGGGCAAUGCCUAAACAAACAGAAAACCACUAUUAUGUUUAGCUCAAAUGGAAGGAAAAUGUAUUGGGAAAGGAUUAUAACAGAUUUGGGUGCUCGAGUUCAGAAUAGCUUUGAAAAGUGUCUAGGAUUACCUGCAAUGGUGGGGAAAUCCAGAUAUGAUACUUUUAGAGGAAUCAAGGAUAAAGUGUGGUUGAGACUGAACAAUUGGAAGAAUCAUUUCCUGUCUCCUGCUGGGAAAGAAGUCCUAUUAAAGGCAGUGAUUCAAUCGAUUCCUAUUUACUCCAGGGUCUUACAUGACAAGUAUUUUAAAUUUUCUGGUUUGUUGGAAGCAAAGCUAGGCAGCAAACCUUCAUUAAUUUGGAGGAGUUUGUGGGGAGCUAUGAACUUGUUAAAAGAGGGGCUUGUGUGGAGGGUUGGUAAUGGGGAGAGUAUAAAAAUAUGGGGUGAUAGGUGGAUUCCUCAACUAUCAUCUUAUAAAAUACAAUCUCCCAUCAAGUGCUUAAAUGAGGUUGAUAAGGUGGCAGUGCUCAUUGAUGGAGAAAAGGGUGAGUGGAAAUUGGAGUUGGUGAAAGAAGUGUUCAAUGAGGUUGAGGCUAGGAUUAUAUGUGGUUUACCUGUCAGUAAAGCUGGUAGGCCAGAUAAACAAAUCUGGGCACCUUCCAAGAGUGGGGUUUUCAAUGUGAAAUCUGCUUACCAUUUCGAAAUGCAGAGGAGGAAAAGGUUGCAAGGGGAGUCCUCGAGUUGUGUUGCAGUAGUGGAUGUUUGGGCAGAAAGCAAAAGUCCAGUUCAGAAAUGGCCAUCUAAAGAAGUGGAUUUUGGGUUUGUAUGGAGGAAAAUGUCACAAUCUUUGAGUAUGGAAGAAUUGGAAUUGAUUGCUAUAGUCUUGAGGAAUAUUUGGUGA